CGUGCUUGCAAAUGUCUAGGAGCUUGACAGAGAAUCACUACUUGAUCCGAAGGGAUCACUAGAUAUUUUGACCUUGAAUCACAACCACUUGCUCCGAUAUCAAUUCUCCAAGGAAUUGGCGAUCACGAACCUUUAUUACUGUUGUAGGUAAGCUCCCCACCUCAGCCACCGCUAUAACCAUUCCACUGCGACCGCUGCUCUGCAACCACUGGGACAAAGUUGCUCUCAGGGCAUCCUUCUCUGCACUACGACCACCACGAACCAAUCAGUAAAGCGGCGAGCAGCUUGGAAAGACCUGUUUUUCUGAUUGCCCCGCCUCUAUUUUCCCCCUAGCAGUCAAUAGCAAGAGUGCAGCUCUCGCUCCUGCUCUAGAUUGUGCAUUGUCUGCUCAGUUUCCCUACCCAAUUCUGGCAGGCGGUCUCUUGUCCCCCCCCUUGUCCCCAAAGUGUCCACCUCAGCAAUUCGGGCCCGCCCACAACUUUCUUGUGACAGCGUCGCCCGGCGAUACUUGUCUCCUUUCCCCCUCCCCCAUUCUCCCGCCUCCGUCUCUUUCCCUCUCCCAUUCCAUUCCAAACUACUUCUCUUCAACUCUUCUAACCCCCGACCUCCGUCUCCUUCUCCAUCCAACGUCUCUUUUCCCGUAAGCUUGCUCUUCCACCUACUAAUUACUACAUCUUUCGUCUCUCUUCUUUUAUAGCUCUUCGUCUUUUCUUCUUUGAUUCUUGGCCGCUAAUCCCGUUUCUGGACAGCUUUCCCAUACACACACCGUAAUCCACAGCCAUGGAGGAAGAAGUUGCUGCUCUCGUCAUCGACAAUGGUUCGGGUAUGUGCAAAGCCGGUUUCGCCGGUGAUGAUGCUCCCCGAGCUGUUUUCCCUUCCAUUGUCGGUCGCCCCCGUCAUCAUGGUAUCAUGAUUGGUAUGGGUCAGAAGGACUCGUAUGUUGGUGAUGAGGCUCAGUCCAAGCGUGGUAUUCUCACUCUGCGAUACCCCAUUGAGCACGGUGUUGUCACCAACUGGGACGACAUGGAGAAGAUUUGGCACCACACCUUCUACAACGAGCUGCGUGUCGCUCCCGAGGAGCACCCCGUCCUGCUCACCGAGGCUCCCAUCAACCCCAAGUCCAACCGUGAGAAGAUGACCCAGAUUGUCUUCGAGACAUUCAACGCCCCAGCUUUCUACGUCUCCAUCCAGGCCGUUCUGUCUCUGUACGCCUCCGGUCGUACCACUGGUAUCGUUCUGGACUCUGGUGAUGGUGUCACUCACGUUGUCCCCAUUUACGAGGGUUUCGCCCUUCCCCACGCCAUUGCCCGUGUCGACAUGGCUGGUCGUGAUCUUACCGACUACCUCAUGAAGAUUCUUGCUGAGCGCGGUUACACUUUCUCCACCACCGCCGAGCGAGAAAUCGUCCGUGACAUCAAGGAGAAGCUCUGCUACGUCGCCCUCGACUUCGAGCAGGAGAUCCAGACUGCCGCCCAGAGCUCCAGCCUGGAGAAGUCCUAUGAGCUUCCCGAUGGUCAGGUCAUUACUAUUGGUAACGAGCGAUUCCGUGCUCCUGAGGCUCUCUUCCAGCCUUCUGUCCUGGGUCUUGAGAGCGGUGGUAUCCAUGUCACCACCUUCAACUCCAUCAUGAAGUGUGAUGUCGAUGUCCGAAAGGAUCUCUACGGCAACAUUGUCAUGUCUGGUGGUACCACCAUGUACCCUGGUCUCUCCGACCGUAUGCAGAAGGAGAUCACUGCCCUUGCUCCUUCUUCCAUGAAGGUCAAGAUCAUUGCUCCUCCCGAGCGAAAGUACUCCGUCUGGAUCGGUGGUUCCAUUCUUGCUUCCCUGUCCACUUUCCAGCAAAUGUGGAUCUCCAAGCAGGAGUACGACGAGAGCGGUCCCUCAAUCGUUCACCGCAAGUGCUUCUAAGCUACCCGACCGACAAACCAAAUCCUCCCACUCGCGCAACGACGACAAGAUCAUGGAGGUGGCGACAGACGCUAAGCUUUGGGUGGUUGGCAAACGUCAAAGUCGACUCUCAUAUUUACGAAAAGUUUUUGACAUGGUCAGAAGGGUGGGCGUUGCGCUUACGAAGAGAUGUGAUGGCCCCUUUGUUGUAGUUGCGCGUGUAAUGCGUGCCUAGGGGUAGAAGCCGAGGUUGACAUACAAAUACUUUUUUACUUUCCGCUUAGAAUUUUUUGAAAUGAAACGAGGUGAUGACAUGAUGUUUGCUCCUUUGCGUACAUUAAGCAUAUCCACAUACAUGAUGUCGUAAUUAAAUCCUCACAAGUGCUUCCAUAGAGCAUUGAUCACGGCGCUUUACUUGUGGUGUCUAGGGGUUGAGAAGUCUGGUAAUUGUUUGCGUCGUCUGUGGUUAGGUCACGUCCCUCUGGUGAAGCAGUAGAUGUGUCUGACUGCGCUUCAGCUUCAGCAGCCGUAGCGGCCUUCUCUUCCUCAAGUUUCUUGUACUUCCUACGACUCUUUUUCGAAGCACUUGCAGCUCUCUUUUGCUUUACCUGGCCGACAAUAGCCGAUCGACUCUGAUCUCCAUUGCGAAGUUCAUCGACACGUUGCGCGAGUAAUUCACGGGCGUGCUUCCGGUUCUGGUCUCUCGAACGGGUUGCCUGAGACUUGACGACGAUGCCAGUGGGUAUGUGCUUCAGCUGAACUGCGGAAUUGGUUUUAUUCUAGUGUAACAACUAUGUAAGUUGAAAGGACUUCCAAGGACUGAGCAAUAGCGGGGGCGCUAGAAAAGAGAUAUGCGUACAAUCUUUUGUCCACCAGGACCACUACCUUUGACAUAGGACUCUUCGAUCUCAGACUCAGGUGGGGGCUUCGGCCGAGGAGGGAGAGCUUUCGCUAGGAAGAUAGAUGUAUUGUGAAAGGUCCGUGUUGGAAGUGCUGGGGGAGUGCUGUAGCGGAUGGUUCGGAGGAGUUUGAGCGGCGUCAUUACGAGGCGAUUGAAUGCAGACAUUCAACAAGAAACAUCAGAUGCUUUGUGCCAAGGCCGUGAAUUAGAGUCGUAAUCAGGUUAAGAUGAAGAUUA